AGUAGAGACUGUACUUCUGAUGAAAACUGAUUCUCACCGAAGGUUGUUGGAUCCAGUGCCCGGAGGACCCCCUUCCGUUAGUUUCCUGACUGGGGUGGUCUGUGAGGAUGUUUUCAACAGCUCAGCAUAAAGAGACAAUUUCCCAUGAAAUUCUCUUGACUCACUUCAGGAAAAAUAAGGUGGAGAUAGCGAAUGCAAUAACGAAGCCGUUUCCUUUCCUUGAGAGCCUCAGAGACCACUCCCUCAUCACUGAAGAGCUCUAUAAUGAUUCUCAAGAAGCCUGUGAAGACUUGGUUCCUGUAGGAAGAGUGGUGUAUCAUAUUCUCUGCCACCUCGAGAAGAUGUUUGAUCGGUCACUUCUGCAAGCUCUGUUCAGCAGGGUUCAUCUGAAGGAGUAUCCUGACUUAAUUCAGGUUCACAGAAGCUUCAAAAAUGUGAUUGAAGACAAACAUUUUUCCUGGGAAUGUGAUAGAGAAGAGACAUACAAAAUGCCCAGCACUCAGCCAAGAUGUGAACGAGGGGCAGAGCUAGCCACACAUGAAAAUCCAGUGCAAUCUUAUGCUGUGGGUCUGAUGGAUAUGCAGAAGACAGUUUCAUCUUGUUCCCCCCAGAUAAACAAAAGAGGCCAGCAAGCAAGGCCAGCAUGUGACCAAGUACCUGAAAUAAUUGUGAUCAGCAGUGAAUCCAGUGGGCAAGAAGUGCCUCCAGAAGUCCAGAGAUCAGCACCGAGAUGUGGGCCUGGUGAGGAGUGUGAGGAUGGCCAGCCUGGGCCUGCAGAGCAUCUGGCAUCUGAAUUCAGAGCUCCUGUUUCUUGAUGUGUUUUACUUAAAAAAAAAAAUAAAUUAAUGUUUUUUAAAAUUUAUUUCAGAGAGAAAGAGAGAGAGAGAGUGUGUUAUCAGUGAGAGAGAAACAUCAAUUGGCUGCCUUCAGCACACCCCCUACUGGGGAUUGAGCCCAUAUCCCAGGUAUGUGCUCUGACUGGGAAUCAAGCCAGUGACCUCCUGGUGCAUGGGCCGACCCUCAACCACCCGAGCCACACCAGCUGGGCUUGAUACAUUUUACUUUGAGUGCACUCCACAGACCAUGGUUCACUUAACCAUGGGAACCCAUUCUUGAGAAAUGUGAGAUACAAGGCUCUGUUUAUUGCACAUGUGUUGUACAUUGACAUCAGAAUAGAAACAAGAUAGCAUGCCUAUAAUAAAAAAAAAUAUGUUUUUGG